AACAAAUACUGUUUACAUUCAAGAAGCAUGUAUUUCGCGAAACCUUUGAAAUAUAACAGACUUUUGUCUUCUCUUUUCCUUCGCAGAAGUAUUUCGAUUCCUUCGAAUGUCUGUGUACAGAAACUCAAUAAGCGAACACUUUUAAAGUUGUCAGGCCCAGAAACGACUGAUUAUUUACAAAGUAUGAUAACAAAUGACAUAAAAAAUGUUAAAGAAAUUUCAACUUUAUAUUCCCUUUUAUUAAAUGCACGUGGGAAAGUUUUAUACGACAGCAUCAUAUAUAGAAUGGAUACUAAUGAAUAUUUAGUUGAAUAUGAUGCAACUGCAGCGGAAUACUUCCAUAGACAUUUAUUAAUGUACCGGUUAAGAAAAGAUGUAAAAAUACAACCGCUAUCUGAUUUGUGUGUUUAUGCUUUAUGUCGUAAAUAUAAUAAUAGUAAUAAACAUCCAAAUGUUUCUGAGUUGAAAUCCGUGUUGAAUAAUUUUACUAGUCUGGAAGGAUAUAUAUUGUCUGCAAAUGAUCCUAGGAUCGAAGAUUUGGGUAUACGUAUUAUAGUUAGGAAUUCAACCACUCUCCAGAAAGUAUUAAAUGAAAGUGUUACAGAUAGUGAUUGUUAUACUCUAUUGCGUUACAGAUUAGGAAUCGGAGAAGGUGUUUUAGAUCAUCCAUGUGGUGAGUGCUUGCCAUUUGAAACAAAUGUUGAUUUUCUGAAUGGUGUAAGUUUUACUAAGGGCUGUUAUAUUGGCCAAGAAUUAACUGCUAAAGCACAUUUUGUUUUAACUGUUAGAAAAAGGCUUAUGCCUGUCAUUUUACAUACAGAAAAUUUAGAGACAUUAUUUCCACCAGAAUGUGCUAUCAUAAAUGAAACUGGACAGAAAAUGGGAAGAUUACGAAGUCAUUUUCAACAAUAUGGAUUAGCUUUGUUGAAAUAUGAAGAAAGUUUAAAGUCUGAUUAUCUUAAAUUGAAAGGAUUUGAUUGGAAACUGGAUGUCAUAAGGCCCAGUUGGUGGCCUAGUGAUUUAAAAAACAGUAUUUAAUUUUAAUAUAAAAAAUUAUACUUUUAUCAAAAUUAUGUAUAUUUCUGAAUAAGCUGUUAGAUAAGUCUAAUAAGAAUAUUGUAAUAAAAAAAAUUUGAACCUCA